GGCAGGGGCACGGCGGCGGCUGGCGGUAGGCGGCAGGGCGCGGAGCGGCGGCUCGCUCGGGGCCCUUCACAGAGCGGGUGAGGUCUGCUCAUAGGUACAGUAGCAGCCCUAGCUAGGCCUGUGGGCUGGCGGCUCAGGGUCUGCUGCUCAGCGUGUGUAAGGCCUCCUGAUGCCUAACAGGAGAGCAGAAAAAGUUCAGCCUGUGCUCAGCUGUCUUUAUACUGAAGAAAUCGCGAGUGGUGUAGCUCUUUGGUCUGCUAUGGAUAAAAGCCAGUAGUUCAGCAAGUGCCUCUGUUGGACCUCUCUUAAUUCCACAGAGGCAGUCCAGGAUGACAGAUUCUACAGAGCUAAGUGUAAUGGAGACCUACCAACUUCUGUUGCAGCUAGUCUGAGCGCUGUGUGAAGGAUCAGCUGUUUCUGUAGACAAUUUAUCUACAGAAUGGAAACCUCUCUUCCAGUAUUGGUCUUCAAUUUUCCAAGAGCGUGCAGCGUAAGAUACUGCACUGAAGUUCUCCAAAGCUGGCUCUACUAUCCUCAUGUUUCAGUCAUUACUGGGAAAACAGGAGUCCAUCUCCACAGAAUACCUAGCAAGAGCACAGCUUUGGGGAGCUCACUGUGAAUUCCCUUCUGAGCCACUCGCCUCCCUACCAGCAUUAUGGCAGGAUCCUGAUGGAAACUGUGGGAUUUGUGGAGAUGGAUGUGUCACAUACGACUACUGGUUCCUCUUAUACUAUACGAGAGGAAACCAGCACCUUUUUUUUUCCAGGGAGAUAAAUGCUGCCCUAGAUGCUUUUGAGAUUUCCAAACACUUGAGCACAGAAGCAUUUAGAGCACCUCUCAGGCCUGCAAUGCAACUCUCCACAGAAAUAUCUGAACUAGCGGCAAAGAAAACACCCUGCAGACCUGAAAGUGCAAUGGUGUUGCCACACCAGUGUUGGCAGGAGUCUGUUUGCGCUGACUCAAGGAUGGCAUCUUCUUAAUCUGGGCCAUGAGAUAGAUUACGUAGCCAUGAGACAGCUCUUCCACAGCACUGCGCUUGCAAAUGGGUCUGCUCCCUGCUGAAGCAUGUGCAGAUGUUCUGGCAUUGGCCAAAGAAGCUAGAAAGCGGAAUCUUGGUCCUCUUCAUCCUUCAUUUAAUGUGAUAAAGAUAAUAAGAGAUGGGUUGAUGAGAAAUCUGCCAGAAAACACUCACCUGUUGUCAUCGGGCAGGCUGUGCAUUUCACUGACUAGAGUCUCAGAUGGUAAAAACACACUGAUAUCUAAUUUUAACUCUAAAGAAGAAGUUGUUCAGGCAUUGAUCUGUAGCUCAUUUGUCCCAAUUUAUUGUGGCCUCAUUCCGCCAUCAUUUAGAGGUGUGCGCUACGUGGAUGGAGGAAUCAGUGACAACUUGCCUCAGUAUGAAUCUAAGAAUACCAUCACCGUUUCACCUUUUGCUGGGGAGUGUGAUAUCUGUCCAAAGGGGAAUUCUGCCAACUUUCAUGAAAUGAAUGUGACCAACACCAGCAUUCAGCUCAGUUUGGGGAACCUUUAUCGUUUAACACAAGCACUCUUUCCUCCAGAACCUAAGGUACUAGGUGAGAUCUGUGAGCAAGGAUAUUCAGAUGCUUUUAAAUUCCUGAAAGAGAAUGGUAUUCUGAAUGACUCAAUUUAUGUCAGCUUGUCCUUCACCAAAACAAAUCCUCAUGAAGCUGCACAACACAUUGACUAUAUGAAGAAAAGAAAUAAGUCUGAAAACAGUAGAAUGGAAACUUCACAAGUGGAAGUACUCGGUGAGCAGAUGAAGCAAAAUCCGUGGCCUCUGGAGAAGAGCAUAUUUGAGAGUCUACCUCCUAGGCUUCGUAAAGCGCUUCAGGAAGCUUGUAAAGAACCAAAUGGAUUCUAUGCUCAGUUCUCUAAACUCUUCCCGGUGCGGGUGAUAUCCUAUCUGAUGCUACCAUAUACACUACCUGUGGAGUCUGCUUAUUCUGCUGCUUUACGGUUAGUUAACUGGUUUCCUGACAUGCCUGCUGAUGUUCGAUGGAUGCAAGAACAACUUCUUCAGAUUGCUGGUACAGUUUAUUCCCAGGCAAAAAAGAGGCUGUUCUGUACAUCCAGGAAAGACAAUUACACAGCACUAAGGAAAUGUCAGACUGCCCCGGCUACUGUGGAAUUUCAUUCUUCGUACUGCCAUCUUAAAAUGCCUCAUUCUUCUGCGGAUAUUGAAACCUGGCUCUGGGAAUCUUCGUGCUACAUGGACUCUGUUAUGAAACAUACUUCUCCUAAGACAAAGGAGCAGUCAGACUUAAACUCCUAUCCUAAUUUUCUCCCAAAUUCUGAUGAAUCUGGUUUGGAAAUAGAUUUUGACUCCUCCUCAGAGACAAGUUUCCAAACUGCUCCAGAAUAUUGAUUUGGAAAUAGAUUCCACAGCUUCCAAAAUUCCAAUUUGGCAGAGAAAUUUAAAUCCUAGGGGACUAAAGGUCGCUUUGUUUAUUGCCAAUAAGUCUUGGAAAAAUGUUUACAGCUUCCUGAGAAAUCUGCCUUUGGAAUUCUGCUGUUUUAUGGAUCAUUAAAACAGAGGCUGCUAUAGGAAGUGAUGGACUGUAGUCCAUAGACGGACUAUAUGUCUGUCAAAGCACCAGCUCAGUAAACUACAGCGAGGUUUGUAGUAAACAGUGUCUUUCUGGAAAUGAGUUUUGUUUUUUUUUAAAUCUACUUUCAGGACAAAAAUGUAAAUUCUGUAAACAUCUUGUUAAACAAGCAUUGAUAACAAAAGCUUUUUAAAAACAUAAUUCCCAAUGACGUGUUUUAGGAUUACUUUUAUAGCACUUAAUGAAAUUGGAUUUGUACUUCAUAAAGGGAAAUACACAUUUGUGCUUUUUAGUGGCCUCCUAUGUCUGUAUGCCUUAUGUUAAACAUGUUGUUAAACAUACAUAAAAGUUGUCUGCAUGACAUAACGUAGGAACAAUGUUAGUCUAGGCUAUUGUCCAUAUUGCACAGCUGAUAUGACUGCUCAGGUUCCUCUGUGGCUCUUUCCCUUCUUAAAGACUUCAGUGGAAAAAGUCAUGAGAACUGGGAUGCUUUCACCUGAGGUGCAGUCAGGUAGUUUCAUAGGACUUCUGUGUACUCAGUAAGAGCUUAAUACUUGACUAAGUAUUGAAAGGUAGGUAAACUAGUGGCUGUGAUUAGUAAUUUCAGGUGUUAAACUUUAUGGCAGAUGUUAACAUACUUCAGUGUAUAUUGAGUGGUGGCUAAUGUUUUGGUCUUCUCUCUAAUUGCUGCCCAGUCAUUCUCGAUCCAUUCAUUUCACUUCUAGCUCGGGACGUUUUUCUGCUCUUCCUUCACUUUCCUCUUCCUGACAGCCCCAGGAGAGCUUUCCAAGAACAGCUGUCAGACAAAGCAGAUCUGUAAGACUUGGUGGAAGCGGCAGCAUCCGGGGGCUGUGCAGAGGUCUCAAAUAACGGGCUGAAAGUGGACCGGAUCACACCUGUAUUGAGAGAAGGGUUGUGAACGCUUCCCUCAACGAAGGUUCUGCGUAAAUGUAAUAAAGACAAUGCAUCAGUGUAUGAAUCCUUCAGGAGGAGGAGUACCUGUUGAGAUUAACUGCUGUUUUGCUGUUUUAGUGUCAUGUCUUGGGCAUGUUUUGAAGUGGAAGGAAGCGGCUCUGCCUUUGGAGGUCAGCUUGCCGUGUGUUUGCAGCAGGCGUGUGAUGUUUGCAGGCUUCCUGUGUGUGCAUAUGAGUUCUGGGCAGCCCUGCAGGGAAGAGAUGGAGGGGUGCUCAGGGGGAGCACUGCACUGAGGGAGGAGCGUAGGUAACACAGUAUGUAAGGAAGAGAGGAGGGGAUGUUUCCUUCAGGAGUUUAAGUGUGGCUUCUGCACUGGAUCAGCCUUUAAGCGGUUUUUCAGCUGCCAUUCCCCUAAGCUUGAAGUACUAAACGGUACAGCAUGAAAAUGAUGUUUUGUUAGGGGCCAAACAGCUCCACUGUCACAUCCUUGUUACGGACACCUGGUGCUAUUCUACUUCGCCUGUUCUGUUCCUGUCUUGUGUGUAUGUAUCCUCAAAUGGAAAUGUUAUUGAAACCAAAAUUAAAAGAUGAAAUGCC